AAGCAUCAAAUAUAUUAAAAAACAUUAGUAAUUUCUGUUAAAAUAUUUCUUAGCUUAAACGACUCGAGCAACGGUUGGUUUAUCUCUCCAUUAGCUAAUUAAUAGCAGACUUCAACUCUAACAGCAAAUGGCAGUAGCGGAGAAUGCAAAAUUAGUUAUACAUACUUUCUGUGUUUAUAUAUCCUAAAAGGAACCGAGUUGCAAUUUUUUCAUUUUUGGAAUUGAAAGGGAACGUACUUUUUUUAAUUUGGGAAACUAGCCCAAAACUAUGUCAGCUCCAGAUUCUGUAAUUGCACUUCGUAGUUCAAGAGGCAUCAAAUUUUGCCAUGGCCCACCUCUUGAAGGGGAAUAUAACAAAUUUACAAAAGAUGAAAAUUCAUCUUGCAGAGAUAUGACGUUUACCAAAGAUGGUAGCUUGUUUGCAUGGUGUACAAUUCAAAGAACUAAUAUCAUGGAUGGUACAACCUAUGAAAGCCUUUGUCAAUUAAAUAAUUCUCGUGUAUCAUUGUUACAAUUCUCACCUAAAGGGACUUAUUUGUCUACUUGGGAGCCAUAUUCAGCUAAGCAGAAUGCACAAGAAAGUUGUAAUCUUCACAUAUGGGACAUAAAGGGAGGAAGCUGUGUGAAAUCUUUUAUCCAGAAAAAGCAAGUUGGAUGGUAA